AUGUCUUCAAGCGACACCCAGCACCAAGCCCAGAGUUUUAGGCCCCAGCCAGCCAGCAAGGAUGGCAACCAAUCUGGAGCAACUCCAGCCACACGGGAAUGCGAUCCUCACAUCCAACACGGUGGGUCUAUGCAGUAUGACUCGCUAGACCUUGUUCUUAGCGACGACCAUGGCAAUGCUACGCCGAACAUGAAAUCUAGAAAGCGCAGAUACAUCAGCAGCGCCUUCACGUCAAGGAAGCGGGCCGCUAUGGCCUGCGAUUUCUGCCGUUUGCGAAAAACCAAAUGUGAUAACGCACGACCGAAGUGUGGUCAUUGCCGCCAUCACAGUGCGACAUGUGUCUACUCCGAAAACGCCAAGUCAUCUGCGCCCGAAGACGAUGGGAACACCGAUGUCAUACAGCGCCUUGACGAAAUAAAACAUCUUCUACAACAAGUGCAAGCUCAGACCGAGCCACGGGCCGUCCCUCCCACAGCCUUGGGCCAGAAUCCGUUGAUUGACCAGGCCCCGGCCCCGUCCCUCUCAGAAGCUGGUUCAGAGCAAGAAGCUGUCAGAGAGGACAGUGGACGAAUGGCUGAGAGUUUCCAUGCUACUGACCCUUAUGAUUCUCCCUACCGAGCGGCACGCUGCGAGGCAAUCGUCCGAUGGCCCAUUUUUAAAGACUGGUUGUCGGAGAAGGAGACCAGGAUCGAGUCAUUUCUCCACGAAGCCGAUGGUUUGGCUCCAGACGGUGAUGACAUCGACCAACCUGAGCUUGGACCGCUUUGGAGACCAUUGCCACUUGACCAGACGAGGAGGGAUCCACGAGGGAUCCCUGGGCCGGUUAUAGACGAGGAAGACUGUGUGCCGCUCUGCAAAGGCUUCCUCAGUCAUGUGCAUUUUAGAAAUCCAAUUCUGGAGCCGAAGGAACUGAUGUCGUAUGCGAAAGAAGUUGCACAAAAUGGCAUUGGCUGGGACGCGCGUUCAUGUCUUGUGCUAGCCGUCUCCGCCAUCUCUUGCAUUCUUUCCAGCAAAGAGCCGCCGCUGGAGCAUAUUCAGAAUUGCCCUACGCAUGCUCCUACACUAUCUGACCGCAUCCUCGCAGAUCCAGGCGGCGUUGCUGAAGCAUUCUCUCAAGCAGCCAAGAAGAGAAUCGGGCUUCUUGGCAUGUCCAUCCUAGACGUCGAAUGCUUGUUCUUUAUGUCCGUCUACGAAAAGCUGCGUGUAAGACCUCUGCAAUCCUGGUUCUAUCUUCAGCAAGCAUGCUCGCGACUCAAAAGUCACCUGAUGAGUCGAAACGGAGGCUCAAGUCCAACCGAUUUGGAGAAUCACGAAGAAAAUCAAGUCGAGCAAAGGGUUUUCUGGUCCUGUGUCAGAUCAGAGAUUGAACUCCUUCCAGACAUCUGCCUACCAUCGAGCGGUCUCGAUUCUUUCCAGUACCCCGAAUUUCCGUCUCCUCCGUCGGCUACAAGCGAUUCGAGUUCUGACCCGCGCGCAGGGAGCGGCGACAGUGACUUCGUUCCUGCAAAUUCACAGGCACAAUCUUGGUUGUUCUUCCUGGCCGAGAUCUCACUCCGCCGCACCAUCGACGCGAACCUGCGCCUUCUCUACGGAAAAUCUGAGCCAUACUGGCUGUCCCAUAUGCCAUUGCUUAUGAAACACCAUGCCCAGUGCGAAGAACAGAUCAGCCUGUGGUACUCCCACCUGCCCUCAAAGCUUCAAUUCUCCAACACCGCACCAAAGCCACAGAGCUUGUCUUUCUACCUUGAAAGCCGCUUUCAGGAUUGGCGUGAGUACAUCCUCCGGCCGCUCCUGUACUGUGCACUUCACCACAACUGGCGGCAGACUCGCCCUCAGCAGCUUCCUCCUGUCAUUGCUGCCGCCCACAUCGCCCUUUGUGCUCACCUGAUCCCUCGAGCAUUCGAACAUGGCCGAUUCGGUGGUGUGUGGCUCCUCUGCCGGCGUACGUUCACGUGUGGGAUGGCGAUAAUCGCGUCUGUCAUCUCGGACGAGCUGCAGGGGCCUGAAGACUGGGUGGAUCUUUGUAGGCUAGCUAUCAGGUUUCUGGCUCAGUGGGGUGCGGAGGCACGGACGGUUGAAGCGAUGCGCCGUGUGCUGGAAGGGCUGUUUGAGAGAGUGCUAAGAAGCCCGAAGGGCAGACAAGCCUGCUGA